AUGGAAACAUUAAUCACGGAUCUUAACCUUAACAUAAUGAACAAUGGACAAGAAACACGUUUCGAUGCCCAUACGGGAGAAUCAUCAGCAAUCGACCUCUCACUUUGCUACCCUGCACUGUCAGUCACAUUCGACUGGGAAGUACUUCCCUUCCUGUAUGGCAGUGACCAUUUCCCAAUAGUUAUCACGAACAACGAAACUGAAACAAAUACUACCCCAGUUAUGAAAGGGCGCCUAAAAUCGGCGAACUGGUCUAAAUUCACAUCACACAUUGAAGAGAAAACGGACGAACUCUUUGGGAAUACACUAGAUUCUGAAAACAUCGAUGAACUUGUCGACAAAUUCACCAACAUAAUAUUAGAGUCCGCCAACCUCCACGUCCAAAAGAAACAGAUGGUAAGCGGACAUCAUCCGGUGCCAUGGUGGACACCAGAAUGUGAUAAGGUUAUCAAAGAAUCCAAAAGUGCUUUCAACAAAUUCAAAAGAUCUAAAACCGAGGAGAAUUGCAUUGAAUACAAACGCCUCAGAGCUAGAGCUAGAUUCAUCAUGAAAAAAAGCCGUAGGGAAUCCUGGACCGAGUUCGCAUCUAACAUCAACAGUUCAACUCCAAUAAGCGCUGUAUGGAAUAGUAUCAAAAAAAUCUCACGAAUAAAAGGCAACAAAAGAAUAUCUAAUUUGAUCUAUAAAAACAAAACUAUAUCUCGAACUGCUGACAUGGCCGAAGCACUAGCAUUCAAUUACCAACGACACUCUCAAAGUAGUAACUACCCAAAAGAAUUUAUGAAUAUCAAGAGAAGAAAACAACCCAGUGGAAUUUGA